UGGGGGAAAAGCCGACAGCUGUCGUGACGGAAUUUCGUUGGACUGACUCGACGGCGAAAAGCGUCACGAUAUCAUAUCCAUUAGCUAAUAUACACGUCAGUAAUGGGUAGCGAUAGUUGGCGCGUAGUUCACAUACGAGCGUAGAUGCGUAGUGCUUGAUUACGACAGAGGCAGAGCGAGGAACCCAAAAUGGCAGACGACAAAAAAAGCGACGACACGCUGGAGCGGGAUUCGGAGGACAAAUUGGAUCCGGCGGAGGAGAGAUCGCGGUAUUUUAAAAAAUUGGAGAAAUGGGUCCAGGAGGCGUACGCUUGGCAGAGUGUUGCGGCAAUGUUUCCUUAUUACGUCAUGUCGGGACACAUUGCGAAUCCGACACCCGCUUCAACAGCUUUUCAACCAAAUCAAGUUCCAACAGCACCAAACAGACCAGGAGUAAUUAUUGGAAAUACAGAGAGACAAAAUGAGGAAGUGAGGCAAAGGAGACCUCAAGAACAACCAGCUGGUCCUUUUCAACCUCCUGGAGCUGAAGGUUACGAAUAUCGCAUUCCUCCUAUUUGGAAGAGAUUUGCCGCGGAAUUUAUAGACUCGACGAUGCUAUUUUUGUUGAAGUUUUCCAUCACUUUCAUCGCGAUCGACGUAUUUGAUUUUAUAGAUAUCGAAGAUUUAGAUGUAUUGCAAACAAAUUUGCGUAUCGAUUACAAAAUAGCUUUGGAAAUGACUUAUGGAAUUCUGAUCUUGGAAGUAAUUCAUCGUGUGAUAGUUUGUAUCUUCGAGGCCUUCUGGCUUCAACAUGGGGUGUACGGUUUCAGGGGCGCUACUCCCGGCAAAUACAUGAUGGGCCUGCGGGUGGUCCAGUGUCGAAGUAUAACCCCGGUGGAACGUCCGAACGAGCCGGACAUGGUCCUGGUGAGUCCCGGGACCGAUCUGGGUCUGCCGUUGGCGCUGGGCCGAUCGGUGGUGAAGAACUUCGUGUUGGCGUUUCUCUUCCCGAUCUGCUUCUCGUUGUUCUUCUUCAGAUUCAACCGAACCGGCUACGAUCUGAUCUGCAAUUCCAUCGUCGUGGAGGAUCCCUAUAGAAAUUCGAACAACAAUCGGAUACACCAGCAGUAGUCCCUUUCUGAAGGGAACAUGCUGGCAUGGAAUUCUGUGAUGUGUAUAUAAUAAUGGCUGUCUGUGCUUCUUGUACCAAUGUAUGCGUGCGGAAUCAUGUGUGUGUAUAACAUGUGUACAUAUGUGUAAAAAAUAAAAAUUAUUAUUAUUGCCGCGUUCCAGCAA